AUGCCCGCCGGCCCACUCACAUUCCUCUACCCUCGCCUAGCGAGGGUUCUCCGCCAGGCUGAACCUCUUGCACGGACACGACCUGCGUUAUGCCCCAAUAGCGUCGCCCUACGACACUAUGCGACGAACCCGCGACGGCACGGUAAGGCCGUGCAGCCUCACUCCGAAGACACCCCCGCCGCUUCACAAGCCACCGAGAACCCCAGCGACUCAGCCGGCCCCGAGCAAGAAAUCACCGCCCAAGAGCCACCCAGCAGCAGCGCAUCCACGAACUCAUUCGAUCCCCCGCCACCCGAGAAUCUAACGCCGGAGGAGGAAGCCAAGAGGGUAGCGGAGGAAGUGCAAGAGAGCAAGACGGAUGCGAAGAAAUCCGGCCCCAUGGAGACAGUGCUCUACAUGAACGGCCCGCCGGGGUCGAUAUCCGCCGCCAAACCGCACCCUCCGCUGCCGUUCUCGCAUUAUUUUGAUAGCUAUGCGAUGGUGAAUAAGCUCGUGGAGGCGGGGUUCGAGAGGAGGCAGGCUAUUAUUAUCAUGAUGGCGAUUCGGGGUCUUUUGAGGGAGAAGAUGGCCGCGGCGCAGGCUGCGCUCGUCAGUAAGGGCGACGUUGACAAUGAAACCUACCUCUUCAAAGCCGCUUGCUCCGAACUCAGCACCGAAGUGAAAAACAACCGCCGCGCAGCCGACGAAGCCAACCGCGAGCAGCGCAUGCGCCUCCAGCACGAAGUCGACGUGAUAUGGCAGACGCUCAACCACGAGCUCCUAACCCUCAAAGAUACCGUGCGCGGGCUCUUCGACGAUCGGAAGAUGGCCGUUCGCGAGGAACAAAGUGCCAAUGCUGGCUCGAUCCAAAAAAUCAACUACAAAAUCGCCACCCUCCUCAGCAGCGACACAAAAUCAGACAUCGAAGGCCUCCGCUGGGUCCUCAUCCGCCGCUCCGCCCUCGGCAUAGCCUUCAUGGCGGUCGUCAGCCUCGCCACGCUCCGAUAUGCAGCCUACGUCAAGCAGCAGCGCAAGGAGGAGGCAGAGCGCCUGAGGCGCGAGGAGGAGGAGCGGAAGAAGCUUUUUGCUGGUGAGGGGAGGGGUCCGGUUACAGACACCGAUGAGAUUCUUGCAACGGCGUGA